AUGGAUAUUGCCUACAAAAGCUUUGUCGAUUCGGAACCUUUUAAAUUCCUCGUUGGUCCAACAGCAAAACCUUUCUACAUGCAUGGCGGACUUGCUACAAAGCUGUCUGACCCCAUGGCCGCCCUGCUCGGAGGAGGCAUGGUGGAAGCAACGAAUCGAUAUGCAGUGUUGAAGGAUACGGACGAAGACACUUUUGUUCGCGUCAUCCAAUUCGCCUAUACGGGUGACUAUGCUGUCGCUGAACCGGAGCCAGAUCACAAUCCCUCCGAACCAGAUAAUGUAGUCGACGAGUCGUUCAAUAACCUUCGCCAUGCACAUCCAUCAGCAUUUGAGGACAUAGUUGCCGAGGGGGAAACCACUGAAUCAGUGCCCAUUGAUCCAGAGCCCACUGAAGAAUAUAUAGAAGAGGAGGCGGUUCCGUAUUGUGAGUGGUGUGGGAGAAACCCCUUCCGAAAGAGAAAUCACAAGUGGGUCGAGUCGGGCAAAACCAAGACUGUCGUUUCGAAGGCCCAAGAGGCGUGGGACUCUUUCAAGAAGAAAGCGGAUAUCAAGAAGACGAUGGAGUGGAAGUUGGAAGUCAACGAAGAUCAACAUCAGAAUUACACCCCUGUCUUUCUGUGCCACGCCAAACUGUACGCCUUUGCCGACCAGUAUCUCAUUGAGCCCCUUCGGGGACUUGUCCUACAGAAGCUCCGACUCACGUUGUCAAGAUUCAAGCUGCAUCAACAGCGGGUCGGCGACGUUGUCGAGUUAUUGAAGUACACCUAUGCAAACACUCCGUGUCGUGACCCGAAGAUUGAUCAAUUGCGCGAUCUGAUCUCUGACUAUCUGGUCUGCCACAUUGAGAAGAUUGUACACCACGAGGAAUUCAUAAAGUUGCUUGAUAAUGGUGACGUGGCAAAGGACUUCCUUCCCAAGCUGGUGGCACUACGGUUGGAUUGA